AUGGCGUAUGAUGACGUCACGCACCACCCACCUGCCAGUCCUCUAAUGGACUUCACCGCACCCAGUCCUCUAAUGGACCCCAUCGCAUCCAGUCCUCUAAUGGACCCCACCACACCCAGUCCUCUAAUGGACCCCACCGCACCCAGCCCUCUAAUGGACCCCACCGCACCCAGUCUUCUAAUGGACCCCACCGCACCCAGUCCUCUAAUGGACUUCAUCGCACCCAGUCCUCUAAUGGACUUCACAGCACCCAGUCCUCUAAUGGACCCCACAGCACCCAGUCCUCUAAUGGACCCCACAGCACCCAGUCCUCUAAUGGACCCCACAGCACCCAGUCCUCUAAUGGACCCCACAGCACCCAGUCCUCUAAUGGACCCCACAGCACCCAGUCCUCUAAUGGACCCCACAGCAUCCAGUCCUCUAAUGGACCCCACAGCACCCAGUCCUCUAAUGGACCCCACAGCACCCAGUCCUCAAAUGAACCCCACAGCACCCAGUCCUCAAAUGGACCACCGCAGCUGGUGUGUUAACGAUACCUUAAGAUUUCUUACAACGUAA